AUGAGAGCGCUGCAAAUUGAGCAAAGGCGCCGAUGGGGAAGUAGAGGAAGGUAUUCAUUGCCAACGCUAUCACAUCCGAACUGUGGCCGCAAGAAUCAAUGUUGCUUCGCGAAGCAGCUCGGAAUCCAGCAACGAAGAUGUCACAUCUCCAUUGGCGACCUCAAUACAAUCUCCACAAGCGCAAGAGCCACCCUCAAAGCAACAGUCAAAUCUCGCAAUAGCAAUUACUCACGGACACUUACAUUUUUUAAAGUUCCCAACAUUUCCUCCGUCAUACCCAAACAGCUGAUUAACCGAAAAUUAAAAUACCAAAGAACAUCAAGCUAG